AUGAAGAUCGCUGCCGUUCUUACCCUGGCCAUUGCCACUGUUCUCGCACUGCCCGUUGCCGAUGACUCCACUGCGUUGGAGAAACGCUGUGGCACCGGCAAGCGCGACGAAAUUAACGUCGCAGUUCGGUCCGCCGUGAACACUGUCAAGCACAAGCGAGAGCUCACGGAGAUCGAUGUGGAUGAGAUUUCCGCCGCCCUCUACUCGUCUUGGUGCACUCCAUGA